AUGACGAAAGAAACUUCGGAAAUCAAUUCUCGAUGGUAUUUCAACAAAUUCAAAUCUGUCAGAAAUCCAAAAGGAAUCGCAGAAAAAAAGAACAAAACUCUGCUUGUUCAACAUCCGAAUUCUGCUAAAUCAUCUAAAACAAAUACAAAUUCCGAAGAUUUUCUUUCGACUAGUUCUCAUUCAUUAACAACAACUGUUUUAUUAAAAGAUCUCAAAGAAAAUGUUUCUUCUCGUCGAACUUCAUUUACAACUACAAGUACAAACAAUGAUCAACGUUGUCAACGUUCAUUUUCAUCAAAUUCGAAUGCAAUUGAAAGAGAAACAUGUUCAGUUCUUGGUCCUGAGAUUUGUACAGAUUGUCUUCAAAUUCAAACAAGAAGUCAAUUAUCACCACAAGUUUUAUCCCGAAAUCAAUUAAAUCAACAAUUAAAAGUUCUUGCUCUUCGACGUUUUAUUCAAAAUUCUUCCAAAUUGUCUGAUGAAGAUUUAAUUAAAAUGAUUAAUGAAAAUCAAAUAAAAUUUCAAGAAAAAUAUUCGAAUGAAAUUGAAAAGAAAAUUUUAACUGAUGAUCAAUAUUUUGAUGAUUUAGCAAAUCUUUUAAAUCGAUAUUCAAAUUAUUCAUCGCCUUAUUAUUUUACAAAUUUAAAAGAUUUUCAAAGAAAAUAUCAAUCAAAUAAAUAUCAAAGAUUAUAUUUACAUGAAACACCAAGUCCAAUUUCAUCAAAUCCUUUAUUUAAUCACAAAUCUCUUGAAAAAUUUGAUAUUUCAAAAAAAUAUUCUUUCAUGAAAAAAGCAUCAACAAUUAAACCAAAUGUUAAAUCAUCAAUACCAAUUUUCAUUUCAUCUGAACAAAAAGAUCCUUUACAUUUAAAAUAUCGUUCUUUACAAGAUUAUUCACCUAAUUUACAUAUUUAUCAAAAAACUGAACAAAUUUCAACAGAAAAAUCUUUAAUUGGAACAAAAUAUCUUCAAUAA